AAUAUCUUCCUUUCCCAUUUGAAUUAGGGUUUCAUUUCACAUCCAAUUUCUUCCUCCUGCGUCCGUCCCGGCCCCCCCAAAACCCUAUGCCGCUUCCGAUCUCUUCAAACUAGCCGUUACCUCCAUUUCCCGCCAUUCUCACCUCCAUCACAGCCGUUCGUUUAUCCCCUUUUGAAAACUAGCCGUUAGAUCCACCGCCUCUGUAGCCUCUCCGCUUAUUUUCCAGAUUAAAGCUUGGCCGUCGGCUCUGCCGGAGUUCGACCUGCAAUGUCUGCGGUCGAGGCGGAGAACAAGGUGGAGGAUGGGGGGAAUAAGCAGGUGGGGAAAUCGGGAGAGCUUUUGUUCUGCGGAGGUACGUCUUGGGACGCCAUUGGCCGCCGCAAAGGCGCCGUUGAAGGUAACUUGAUCUCCCCCACGCGCCUCCGCCCUCUCGUCGACGUCGAUAUCCGAUUCGUCGCCUCGGGUUGCUCUUCGUGUCAUUGUGUGGCAUUGGAUGUCGAAGGGCGGUGCUAUACUUGGGGUCGCAAUGAGAAGGGGCAGCUGGGCCAUGGCGAUAGAAUUCAGCGUGAUAGGCCGACUGUAGUCUCUGAACUUUCAAAGUACAAAGUUGUUAGAGCUUCAUCCGGGAAGAAUCACACUGUAGUCGUUACUGAGGACGGGCAUUCUUUUGCCUUUGGCUGGAAUAAGCAUGGACAGCUGGGUUCAGGUUCAGCAAAAAAUGAAGUUGAGGCUUCCCCUGUUCGCUGUCAAGUUUCUGAGGUUAAAAAUGUUGCUUGUGGGGGUGACUUCACUGUGUGGUUAUCUAGUGUUGAAGGAGCUUCUAUACUAACUGCAGGCCUUCCACAGUACGGCCAACUUGGGCAUGGUACAGAUAAUGAGUAUAAUACUAAAGACAGCUCAGUGAGGCUUGCUUAUGAAGCCCAACCACGCCCUAAAGCAAUUGCUUCUCUAGCUGGGGAAACUAUUGUGAAAGCUGCAUGUGGAACAAAUCAUACAGUGGCAGUGGAUGCAAAUGGCUAUGUUUAUACGUGGGGCUUUGGUGGUUAUGGAAGGCUUGGACAUAGGGAGCAGAAGGAUGAAUGGGCUCCUCGUCGUGUUGAUGUCUUUCAAAGGAAUAAUAUUCUGCCUCCUGAUGCCAUUAUUUCAGCUGGUGCUUUAAACUCUGCAUGUACUGCAGGUGGAGGGCAAUUGUAUAUGUGGGGUAAAAUUAAGAAUACAGGUGAUGACUGGAUGUAUCCUAAACCACUCAUGGAUUUAAGUGGCUGGAAUUUGCGUUGCAUGGAUUCAGGCAAUAUGCACCAUUUCGUUGGUGCUGACUCCUCCUGCAUAAGCUGGGGUCAUGCUCAAUAUGGAGAGCUGGGAUAUGGCCCUAUGGGACAGAAGUCUUCUGCAGUUCCCAAAAAGGUGGAUAUUCUUGAGGGUAUGCAUGUUAUGAGUGUUGCAUGUGGACUCGGCCAUUCCAUGGUCAUUGUUGAUAGAACAACUGUUGGUGACCGACUUGAUCAGCUUGAGGUAUAUGAUGGCAAAGCUUCUGUAGAAGGGAGUGAGGAACCUGUGAGUGCCGCUCCAGCUGCGAAGCAAACUCCUAAAAGGGGUGCCUCAAAAGCAUCUGAAAAUUCCAAGAGGAAGAAGUCAAAAGAACCUUCUGAUUCGGAAGAUGAAGAAGACAGUGAUGAGCCUGAUGACAACAGUGACGGAAGCGAUGAUGAGGACAGUGGCGAGCAAGAACCUAAAAGGCAACGAGGUGGGAAGACUUCUGGCAGAGGUAGGGGCAAUGGAGCUAAAAAGGCGGCAGCAGCUGAGGGAAAGCGUGGACGGGGUCGCCCUGCUGCAAAUAAGAUCCCAAAACCUGCACCAUCAAAAACUGGAACCGGUAAGAGGGGAAGGCCUCGCAAGUCGUAAGUUGUGCACGUUCCCAGCAUACCAAGUCCAAAUCAGAAAUUUUGUUCUCUCAAUGUAGAGAAGUGUACUUCAUUACUCCGCGGCACUUAAUUUGGGUCCCAUUUCGAAGUGUUUUAUUGUACUAUGUUCGAUUUUUAUCUUCAUCGUUUUCAUGCACUUCAAAUAUGAUGUGCUUAAUUGAUGAAAAAAACACACUGGAUUGAACAUUCUGUUUUUUAACAUCCGGCCGAAAUGAAAGAAUGUGAGUGAUAACUUGUACCAAAAUUUUGUUUUGAUGGACAUUCUCGGCUCCUUAUUCUUA